UUGAAUAAGCGCCUGACCCUUUUUGCACAUUCAGAAUCGCGAAAAUGGCUUCUGACGAAGGUAACCCAAACGGCACUUUGAUCAUCGAUGGAAGUGUUAUGGAAGGGGGAGGUCAAAUCCUUCGGAAUGCAGUCAGCUUCGCAUGCCUGUUGAAUUCUGCAGUUUGUGUUCAGAAUAUCAGAGCUGGAAGGUCUGCACCAGGAUUAAGAGCUCAACAUAUGACCGGACUGCAACUGGUGCGAGAUGUUACUUCUGGUAAACUUGAAGGUGACAAAAUUGGUUCCACUUCGGUCUCUCUUCAUCCAGGCAGUAUUGGUUCUGGGAUAUUUUUAGCAGAUACUCAUACAGCUGGGAGUGUUUCUCUGCUUAUGCAGUUGGCUCUUCCUUGCCUUCUAUAUGCUCCUGAGACAUCUAAGUUAAUACUUAAAGGAGGAACAAAUGCAGAAAUGGCCCCACCUAUUGAUUACAUGACAGAUAUUUUGAGACCAGCUAUAAAAAGACUGGGUGUAGACUUUGAUUGUGAGAUUGUAAAAAGAGGUUAUUAUCCUAAAGGAGGAGGAGAAAUUCAUGUUACAGUAAACCCCGUCAAACAGUUGAAGCCAUUACAGUUACUACAAAGAGGAACAUUAUCCAAGAUUACAGGUCGUGCUUAUGUUGCAGGUGUUUUACCUUUCAAGAUGGCCCAGACUAUGGCUGAAGUGGCCCAUAGAAUGUUGAAGGAGAAGUACCCUGAUGUGCAGGAUAUUGAGAUAGAACCAGAUAAAGAACCUGGAGACAAGGCACAUGGAAGUGGAUCUGGAAUAAUGCUCAUGGCUGAAUCCUCUACUGGAUGUAGAAUUGCUGGAUCAGCAAUUGGAAGGAAAGGUGUUUCUCCACAGGAGGUUGCAGGAAACGCAGUUGAGGAGCUGGCAAAUAAUCUUCAAUAUGACAGUUGCAUUGAUGAACAUCUUCAGGAUCAGGUUGAUUGUGUAGAAUUAUAAACAUACACAUUUUACUUUGUAAUUCUAACAAUCCAAUUUAAGUAACUCUCCCUGCUGAUUGCCUCACAUUUCUUAUAAAUAAGAUAGGAGAAUUUAGUGUUUUAUCAGGAUAACAUCCUCCUACUGA